AUGCCUGUUCUCACCCGGAUAAUCAAUACGUUGUCCUCUCGGACGACAUCGUCACGUACCUUUGCGCAGUCAUAUCUAGGACCCAACCUUCGUGCCAUAUCCACACGUACUCACACCCUUAACACAGGCGCGAAGAUCCCGGCCAUUGGGUUUGGUACAUUCCAGGACCCUGAUGCCCAGGAAGAUGCUGUUUGUCGAGCAUUGCAGCAAGGACUCCGUCUGAUCGAUACUGCUCGGGUUUACAACGUUGAGAGUCAAGUUGGGUUAGGCAUCAAGAAGAGCGGAAUCGACCGCAAGGAGAUCUUCGUCGGCACCAAGCUGUGGUGCAACGACUUUCACCCCGACGAUGUCGAGGGGGCACUCGAUCGUUCGCUGGAGUCUCUGGAUACUCCCUACAUCGACUUGUUGCUAAUGCACUAUCCAUGCACUUUUGCUCGUGGUAACGACCCUUUUCCUCGCGAUGAGAACGGCACAAUGGUCGCUGGCAAAACCACCUUUGUCGAAACAUGGAAAGCUAUGGAGAAUUUGGUCAAAGGUGGCAAGGUUCGAGCGAUCGGAGUGUCCAAUUUCAGCAAAGGCGAGUUGCAGAAGCUCAUCAACGAGUCAGACACAGUUCCCGCUGUCCACCAGAUGGAGGUUCACCCUUAUCUCCAGCAGAAGGACUUCAAUGAGUGGCUCAGAUAUCAGGGCAUCCACGUUGUCCAGUUCAGUCCCCUUGGCAAUAUGAACGACUUCUAUAGGCAGACGGGCUGGAGCAAGGAGAUCUCACACAUGAUGCGUGUCAUCGACCAGCCUGUCCUGAAAGAGCUCGGUCAGAAGUAUGGAAAGAGCCCAGUUCAGAUCUGCCUCGCCUGGGGUGUCAACAAUGGACGCUCCGUCAUCCCUAAGAGCACUAUAGACUGGCAGAUCCAGGAAAAUGUCGAGUCGGAUUUCAUCAUGGAUCAAAGUGACCUUGACAAAAUCGGAGGGCUGGACAUCAAGGCACGAUUCAACGACCCUAGCCUUGAUUAUCAAUGGCGGCUCUAUAGCGACCUUGAGGGAAUCGAAGGAACCAAGGACGGCAAGACUCAUUGAGUGCUCGAGUACUCGGACAGUGAAACAGUCCAGCUUUGGUUGAGAUCAAGUAAUGCGUGGGUCCCAAAAAAGACCUUGAUAUGUACUGUCUUCUCUGCAGCUUGACUAGUGAAUAAGCGAAGUUGACAGAAGUUGUCAUUGCGCAAUUGAUUCUAGUCCCCAGGCAG